CUGACUCUUCUUCUUCGUUGGUGCUCUUGCCAUGUUUGCGGAAGCCGUCGUGUGACUUUUUCUGUUUGUGUUAUGUUUUAGCGGUGUUUUAUAACCCAACAUGAAUCUACCGAAAGGACCCGAUUCUUUGUGCUUCGACAAGGAUGUUUUUAUGAAGGAUGACUUUGACGUGGACCAGUUUGUGGCAGAAUGUCGGAAGCAGGUCCAGUUGGAGGAGAUGAGAGAGGACCUGGAGCUUUACUACAAGCUGCUGAAAACAGCCAUGGUGGAGCUCAUCAAUAAGGAUUAUGCAGACUUUGUUAAUCUCUCCACCAACCUGGUGGGGAUGGACAAAGCCCUCAAUCAGCUCUCUGUGCCCCUGGGACAGUUGCGAGAGGAGGUCAUGAGUCUACGGUCCUGUGUGAGUGAGGUGAUUCAGGCGAUAGACAGUCAGCUGUCCAAACAGGACGAUCUGCAGAAAAAAAAGGUGUGUGUACUGAGGCUAAUUCAAGUGGUGCGCUCAGUUGAGAAGAUUGAGAAGAUCCUCCACUCACAGAACUCCAAGGAAUCCAACUCUCUGGAAAUAAGCAGUCCCUUGUUAGCAGGUCAGAUCCUGGAGAGAAUUGCUACAGAAUUCAACCAGCUGCAGUUCCACGCUGUGCAGAGCAAAGGCAUGCCCCUACUGGACAAAGUCAGACCUCGUAUCGCAGGGAUCACCUCCAUGCUGCAGCAGUCUCUGGAGGGACUGCUGAUUGAGGGUCUGCAAACAUCCAAUGUGGACAUGGUACGUCACUGCCUGAGGACAUAUGCCACCAUAGACAAGACCCGAGAUGCUGAGGCCCUGGUAGGACAGGUGCUGGUUAAACCUUACAUGGACCAGGUGAUAGUAGAAGAGGUGGUGAAGUCCUGUCCGAAUGGUCUCCAGCUAAUGUACUCUAGACUGUUGGAGUUUGUUCCUCAUCACUGUCAACAGCUCAGAGAGGUGACUGGAGGAGCCAUAUCCAGUGACAAAGCUGACACCGUGCCGGGUUAUGAUUUCCUGGUAAACUCUGUGUGGCCGGAGAUGAUCAAAGGGAUCGAGGAGAGGUUGGCCUACCUCUUCAACCCUGGAAACCCUGAUAUAUUCUAUGAGCGCUACAGCGCGAGUAUGGAGUUUGUGCGUAAGUUUGAGCGUCAGUGCAGCUCGCAGGCCAGCGUGAAGAGACUGAGAGUACACCCCUCAUAUACCAGCUUCCACAACAAAUGGAACCUGCCUGUCUACUUUCAACUACGGUACAAGGAAAUAGCAGGGUGUCUGGAGAACGCCAUAAGUGAAGGACUAGUUGCAGCACCAGCUGGCAGUGCGUACCACCUGCAGGUAUCUGAGGUGUUGUGGUCCUGUCUAGUGAGAUGUUGGUCAGACAAAGUCUACCUGUCUCCUCUGGCCCAUCGUCUCUGGAAGCUCACGCUGCAGCUCUACGCACGAUAUGCAAAGUUUCUUGACGAGGUGAUGACUAAGACUCCAUCCCCUGAGGCGACCAAAGAGCCAACCAGACCCUUGCCGAGCUCGGCCUCCUCCACCUCCAGCCGAACGUCGAUGGAUGAAGGCGGCAGUGAGAGUGGGAAUCCUGCCUCUCUGUCCACCAAACAGCUCGUCUACAUCGCAGCCGACAUCCAGAAACUGCAGGAACAGAUACCAGAGGUGUCCGAGAUUGUCAGACAGCGGUUAGAAGCCAUCGGAUUCAAGAACUUUGCUAUUGUGGAAGAUGCUCUGUCAGACGCCAAGGCUUGCCUGUCGAGUAGCAUUCCCACUCUGAACACCAGGAUGACACAGCAUCUGACUGAACGCAGCUGCCGCUUCCUGAAGAGUGCCUCUGAGGUCCCACGACUCUACCGCAGGACGAAUAAGGAACUGCCGGUGCGUGCAUCAGCCUACAUGGACAACGCCUUACGCCCGCUACAUCAGCUGCUGACUGACUCGACGGGGUUGGUCACUCCCUCUACAGCGCAAGAGUGGCUGCGAGUCACACUGUCUGAAUGCACACAGAGGUACUAUGAGACAAUAUCUGAGGUGCUGAGCUCAGUGAGAAAGAUGGAGGAGAGUCUGAAGCGACUGAAGCAAGCCAGAAAGGGCGCGACCACGACUUCUUCGGCAGGAGCAAAUGGAGGACCCACAGAUGACAGCAAGAUCCGACUACAACUGGCACUGGAUGUGGAAUACCUGGGAGAGCAGAUCCAGAAGAUGGGUCUUCAGCAAAGUGACAUCUCCAUGUUCUCCUCUCUGAUGGACCUUGUGAAAGAGGCCCGAGAGCUCGCCGAACAGAACCAGUAAGGUCUGACAUACUGCACUCAUCCCGACCCCUGCAAGACUUGUGAAGGAUAAAAGUCAGAAGUUCAGAGUCAUGGUCUGGUAAGAGUUAAUGAUGACGAGAAGAGGAAGACUGAAGGACAAGAACUGACAGAAAAUGACUGAUGCUGGUCAUAUGAACGGCUCUAUAUGUUGGGCCAGAAUGUCACAUAACAAGAGUCUGAAGUCUAAUUCGUAAAGAGAGAAUGUCAGUCAAAUGAUAUUUGUUUAAUUUCUGCUGCUUGGUGAAGGAUUUAUCUGACAUAGAGAAGUCUUUUUGUGUGUAAAAUGUACAUUUUUGUUAAAAUCAAAGUUGUAUAUUAUAAUAUGUUUAACAUAAUGUAACUUGGGAAUAAAACAAAGAAUUUUGGAAACAGA